AUGGGUGAUCAGGCGGCGGUGCGUAUUAUGUCUUUUAAGAAUGCUGGCAAGAGUGCAGACGAGAUGCGACGUCGUCGUCAGGAAGGGCAAGUGGAACUUCGCAAGAACAAACGAGAAGAAACACUUCAAAAGAAAAGGAACAUUCCUACUGGAACUAAUGGACCACAGACGGCUAAUGAUCCCGUUGACACAGAAAUCGAUAGGACUGGAAAGUCUACUUUACUAAAUCUGGAAUCCAUAGUAGCGAAUGCUGAGAAUGAAGAUCCAGCUGUCAGAUUGUUGGUCGUUCAGUCAGCUCGUAAGCUUCUUUCCAGUGAUCGGAAUCCUCCUAUUGACGAGCUUAUAAAUGCUGGUAUGCUACCAAAGUUGGUCGCUUGUCUGACAAGUGAAGAUCCCAAUCUUCAAUUUGAAGCUGCCUGGGCCUUGACGAAUAUUGCAUCCGGCACAUCUGGACAGACUCUAGCUGUUGUUCAAGCAGGAGCCGUACCACGUUUUCUAAAGCUGCUGUCUUCUUCACACCCUAAUGUUUGCGAACAGGCUGUUUGGGCCUUAGGUAAUAUAAUCGGAGAUGGUCCAGUAUUAAGGGAUUACGUAAUCAAAUUGGAUGUCAUAAAACCACUAUUAAAGCUCUUAACACCAAAUAUACCAUUGAACUUCCUACGCAAUGUCACCUGGGUGAUGGUCAACCUUUGUCGCAACAAGGACCCUCCUCCUCCUGCCUCAGCUAUCAGAGAACUUCUCCCAGCUCUCUUAUAUUUAAUAAAACACACCGAUGAUAGUAUUCUCGUCGACACUGUUUGGGCUAUAUCUUAUCUAACUGACGGUGGAAACGAUCAAAUCGAAAUGGUUAUAAAUGCAGAGAUAGUGCCUCAUUUGGUUCCAUUGUUAUCACAUUCAAGUUUCAAGGUGCAAACUGCUGCGUUGCGUGCCGUUGGAAAUAUAGUUACAGGUUCAGACCAACAAACUCAAGUUGUUUUGGAUUGUGGAGCUCUAAGUCAUUUUGCAUCUUUGUUGACUCACCCGAGAGAUAAAAUUAACAAAGAAGCUGUCUGGUUUCUAUCCAAUAUUACUGCAGGGAACCAAAGUCAAGUCCAAGCUGUGAUAGACCAUGGACUAGUCCCGUUAAUUAUCCAUCAUCUAGCUGAAAGCGAGUUCUUGACACAAAAAGAAGCUGCAUGGGCUAUCUCGAAUCUAGCGAUCAACGGAAAUGCUGAACAGGUAAGGUACGUCAUCGACCAACGCGUUAUUCCUCCGCUUUGUAAAAUGUUAAAUACCAGAGAUGUCCAGGUCGCUCAAGUUGUUUUGGAUGGAAUAUCAAAUAUAUUGGCAGCAGCUGGCGAUAACUUGGAACAGGUCACAACUGCAAUCGAAGAAUGUGGUGGGUUGGAUCUUAUCGAAGCUCUUCAAGAACAUACAAAUAUCGACAUAUAUCGUUUGGCAUAUGACAUAAUCGAACGAUAUUUUAACGAAGGGAUGAUUGACGAUCCAAAUACAACUGGGGUUGCUGAAGAUGAACAUUUGGGUGAUUUUAUCUCGGUACCACAAGUUCCAGCUACUUUCCAGUUUGACGCUGAUCAGUGUAACACUGAUGCUACAAGAGGGUUCGAUUUCUAG